UUUUUUUUUUUUCCCUCCCCCUUCGUUUUCCAGUGUAGUGCGUUGAUUUCAUACCAAAGUCAUACUUAACAUUCCACUUAUACUGUCAAACCUCUGAGAAAUAUUACGGAAAACAACAAGGCGCCAAAUUAUAAUAAACUAACUAAAGUGACCAGCGGCUUCCAUUGAGAGGAAGAAGGUGACUGCCAGAAAUUAAAAAAACAAAACAAGUUCCUACCUGGAUCAUCCGACACUUCCAGCCUUGUUCCUCAAGAGGAAUCCAACGAUUGUACCCACAGGCACAGAAGAGAGAGACGAGCAAAAACCAUUUGGGAGGAAUACACAACUUCAGUCUGGUUUGGACCUCUGCAACCCAAAGGUCUCCUACAGAUCCUUUGAUUUUGGGGCUCGGGGUCGGGCCCAGGGGGAGCCGCCACCAUUGCGUCCAACGAGUGGAGUGCCAACGGUAGCCCAGAAGAUGGGCUGGAUGGGGAAAACGAGGACAAGACCAUUGACGGGGACGCCGAGGGCGUGUGGAGCCCGGACAUCGAGCAGAGCUUCCAGGAGGCCCUCGCCAUCUACCCUCCCUGUGGCAGGAGGAAAAUCAUCCUGUCAGAUGAGGGGAAGAUGUAUGGUCGCAAUGAAUUGAUAGCAAGGUACAUCAAGCUGAGGACGGGCAAAACCCGCACAAGAAAACAGGUGUCUAGUCACAUACAGGUGUUAGCACGGAAGAAAGUUCGUGAAUACCAGGCGGGUAUAAAGGUUUCUAGCCACUUGCAGGUUCUCGCCCGGAGAAAAUCUCGCGAGAUCCAGUCAAAGCUAAAGGCGAUGAAUUUGGAUCAGGCGUCUAAAGACAAAGCCCUGCAGAACAUGGCAGCACUGUCGUCUGCACAGAUCGUCUCCCCGAGUAUGAUAAAGAAUCACCUUCCACCACUGCCUCCUGCCCCCUACCAACCACCCAGAUUCUGGCCUGCUAUCCCAGGACAGCCUGGACCUUCUCAGGAGCUGAUUCUAGAUCUCAACCAGGGGAGGACUCCUGGGCUUGGCCGCACCAGCCAUGCUAUUAAACCUUUUGCACAGCCCCCAUACCCAAGCCUAUCAGGUCCUGUACAACAAUCCAUAACAAGUUAUGAGCCCUUGGCACCACCUCCUCCUCCAUCUGCUACUGCAGUGCCAGUGUGGCAGGACCGGACCAUUGCCUCCUCCAAGCUGCGGAUGCUGGAGUACUCAGCCUUCAUGGAGGUCCAGAGAGACCCAGACAACUACAGCAAACACCUGUUUGUCCACAUUGGACAGACUAACCCCUCCUACAGCGACCCGCUCCUCGAGGCCGUGGACAUCCGGCAGAUCUAUGACAAGUUCCCUGAGAAGAAGGGCGGCCUCAAAGAGCUUUAUGAGAAAGGCCCACAGAAUGCUUUCUUCCUAGUUAAAUUCUGGGCGGACCUGAACAGUAGCGGCAUGCAGGACGGCCCCGGCUCUUUCUACGGUGUCAGCAGCCAGUACAGCAGCCUCGAGAACAUGACCAUCACUGUUUCAACCAAAGUCUGCUCGUUUGGCAAGCAGGUUGUUGAGAAAGUAGAGACAGAAUAUGCCCGCCUGGAGGGAGGAAGGUGUGUUUACAGGAUCCACCGCUCUCCUAUGUGCGAGUACAUGAUCAACUUUAUCCACAAACUCAAACACUUGCCUGAAAAAUACAUGAUGAACAGUGUUCUCGAAAACUUCACUAUCCUACAGGUGGUGACGAACCGCGACACCCAGGAGACCUUGCUCUGUAUAGCGUUUGUUUUUGAGGUUUCUACAAGUGAACAUGGAGCUCAGUAUCACGUCUACAGACUUAUCAAAGACUAACAGCUCUUCAGGGAGGUUUUGGAAAAGCCAGACAAAAGCGUGACACAAUCUCUCUUCGACCACCUCAACCAUCCAGGAAAAACUACAACAACAACAACAAAAACAUUCAAAAAAUGCUAGACCGAACUAACAUGGACACAUUUUAUGCUUUAAAAGAAGUUGUCUUGUUUGGAGAAAAAAAAGAGUGAAUCUCAACGUGCCAACGCGCAAAUAAAUUUUGAAGAAUAACGGAUUUUUCGAACAACCAGCUAUUUUCCAUGUGUUUAAACAUGCUUUAGAUGAAGUGGGUCACUUUUGCCAAGGUCAUAGAUGGAGCUUGAAAUGUUUUUAUUGAGGGAACGAGAAAGUGCUUAUGUGCUCACACACGGAGCAAUAAGAGAAGUGUAUAUACGAUGGAAGAAGUAGAGAGAGAACAGGACCACGGAAGAGCCAAAUGGUGUUGUUGCAGUAGGUCGGUUAGGAAAGCAAGUGCCUUUUCUCCAAAGAUUAUAUCAUUGCCUGCCACUUUUGAUUGCCUUUUUUUUACUACCUCUUGUUUUUAAACGAACAGUAAAUAGUCAGACUGGUGUAUUUUGUCCGAAAACAAAUUUGGAAAGAAACCUCUCAGAUUGACAUCUUUUGAGAAGUUUUUUUUUUUUCUUUUUGGAUUCGGGCACACAGAGGAAUGGGAUGGGAUAACUAAUUUUCAUGUAGCCUGUUGUUUUUACAAAGAGAUCGUCCCAAAUUUUACAGUCCACGUGUAUAGGGAGAAGGUUUAUUGUGUUACCGUGCUAUUUAGGUUCUGCUUUUUUUUUUUUUUUAUUACACAAUUUAAAAAUCAGGUCUUACAAGCAUCUAUCUAUAACUGACUUUUGACACUAAAGAUGCCUUGUACCAUUGUUAGCCUGACAUAAAGGGCUUUGCCAUCCUUAGGAGAUCCCCUGUUAAUUCUCUCUGUCUGAAGACGUGUGCUUGGUUGCACUUAAAAGAUCAAGAAGGGGAGGUGAAGCAACAGCAGUGCUUUUUUUUCUGCCUUGAGUUUGUUAUGUAGCCUAAUUGAAAAACUGAACUGUUUCUGUACUGUGAGUCGGUGGAUGCUAAAGGAAUAUGUGUUACAUAGGAGUAUUUUGGGGGGGAUUUUUUUUUUGGGGGGGGGAGGGGGAUGACUUUCUGUUCAUAUUUGUGAUCAAGUAACUCAGCACAGAGACCAUGGUUUGAGUGGAAAGAAGUUGAUCACUGUUUCUUUUGUUUAAAAAAGAGAUUGUAUGCUGUGAAGCCGGUUCAUUUGCUUCACCCUUCUCCGCUGUAAUUUGUGGAGAAUCUGCAUCCAUUGAUAAAAGUUCAGUUUUGAUAUUUAAGACUUUUUCUUUCUUUUUUUUACUGACAUUAAACAUGAAAUAAUUUUUUUAAAUCAAACAAAAUAAUUGUCUUGAAUGAGAGCUAUUGUCUCUGUGCUGUGGAGUAUGACCAUUGAUUGUUAUUUAUAGGGUUGGAAAAGAAAUGGAGGGAGGGCCGGGUGGGGGUACUGGAGAUGUGUGGAUCAUUUUCCACUGUGAUAGAGAUGUUAAAAGUAUUGCAGGACACAUAUUUGAGACUGUCAUCCCAUGGAUCCUGCUAGACAAGUGUCUGCUCUGUGUGGUUCACUGGACAAUUGUGAUAUAAAAGUUCAAAUUUAAAAUAUUAAUAAUUGCACCUGGCUUUGAAUGUCAUAUUUCACAAGCUAGAUCCAAUAACACUCCUCCUCUAGCAGGUUUCUCAAUUUAUCUUUUAUACAGACAUUGUAUACAGACAGUUUUUUUUUGUUUGUUUUUUUAAUUCUGUUGUCUUUUGACUUUCAGUGUUUGCCAUAUGCUUCACUGAAAAUAAUGUGUGAUUGUGCUGAUAUUGAUAAUUAAUAAUGAGAUAUCUAAUGUUAUGUAUCAUAUUAUGAAUGGUGUGGGCAGAUUUUGUUUUGUUUUUGGUUUAAGGUGGUUUACUGUUGUCUUUGUUACCAUUGUGCGUUGCAAUUUUAUACUUCAAAGUAGAGGUUGGACUAUGUAAUCAAACAAAUGUAUCUAACAAUAAAAGACGCAUGGUGCCUUUGGAGCCAUUUUUCCCCAUUAAACAUGUUUGUAAAUUUG